AUGAUUUUUUACAUAUUUCCGUUCUUCUUGCUUUUUUUAAAAUGUUCACAUGGUUUAAUACACGAACUACAAAAAAUAAAAUCAGUGAUUCCCUUUACAUAUGACACCUACCUAACGCACGUAGUGCGAAAAUCGCGUUCAUAUGAUAUUGUCGUAUUAUAUGUGAAUGAAUCUUCUUCCGUAUGCAAAGAAUGCAAAAACAUUAAGAAAGUAUUUAAAUCUGUCGCAGAAGCCUACGAUAAUUACGGUACUAUGAAAACUAACGCACCAGGAGUCAACGUCUAUUUUGGCAGUGUGGAUAUUGGAAAGGAACCCGGCAUAGCGAAAUUGCAUAAUAUAAAAAAAAAUUACGAUAUUUUUUAUUUUUCAAAAGACUUUGACAUGGAUCGCUCACUUACACCACAUAUGAGCGAUUCAAUUGUUGUUAAGAAUACUAUGAUGUUUUCGAAAUAUAAAAUUACCAAAAAUCUAAGCACAUUUCUCUUGUCUUGGAUAAAUCGGCAUAGUAGCUAUAGGAUUGUUUAUAAAAAUAAAACGGUAGACGUUCUCAUUACCUUUUUCUUUCUCUGUCUUUUCUUGUGCGUUUUAAUUGCCUUUACAUUGUUUAUAAUCGUUUUAAGAAGAUAUCCUUUCAUUAUGGCGCUUGGUGCUUUGGGAAUUCAAAUAUUGGCCUGUGGAUGCAUUUGUUUUUGUUUAAUAAGAAAAUCACAGCUAAUAGGACAUACUACAGAACAUAAGCUAAAGCUUUUCCACUCAGAGCAAAGAAAUCAAUAUGUAUUAGAAGGUCUUUCAAUGAGUUCACUUGAGGUUUUAAGCACUAUGAGUCUUUACGUUGCUUGUCGUGUAUUAAAUACGUCAAGACGUCAAAGUAAAGCUUAUCUGUCAUUUCUUUUGAUUAUCCUGGGGUAUUCGUGUUAUUACGGGAUUUUCAUGUUAUAUAAUGAAAAACAUUAUAAUUUGAGUCCUACAUUUUUUCCUCCUAUUGAUUAUGUGAGAGGUUCUUUACUAAGAGACCGUGGUAAUAUGUUUUAACAAUUUCGUUUUUUACAAAACCCUUUAAAAAAAAGAAAUAUUAAAUUGUUAUUAUUUUAACUGGACAAAAUAAGAAUAAUAAUGUAACUUAUUGUUAAAAAAAAUUUGAUGCCGUAUUUAAAAGUAUUUUUUUUUUUGAAAUUUGUUAUCACGCUGUUGAAAAGAUGAUAUUAAAAUAAUUCAUAGACAUUUUUUUUUUAAUGGAC